AAUAAUGCAAUAAUGGCUCCAAGUAAGGAAGAGGAGACAACAUUAUCCUUGCCACAGAAAAGAUAUUACCGGCAACGGGCCCACUCAAAUCCCAUUGCAGAUCAUUGUUUUGAUUAUCCCGCUCAUCCAGAUGAUGUCAAUUGGAAGGAGUUAUACCCGGAAUACGAUGUAUAUGAUCCACCCAAAAAGGUGGAAUUUGCGGAUAUUGGUUGUGGUUAUGGUGGCUUCCUAGUCACCCUGGGUGAAAUGUUCCCCGAUCGUUUGGCCAUUGGUAUGGAAAUUCGUGUUAAAGUAUCCGAUUAUGUGAUGGAUCGUAUUAAGGCUUUACGUUCUUUGCAUCCGGGAAAAUAUAAUAAUAUUGCUUGUAUACGCACCAAUGCCAUGAAGUACCUGCCGAAUUAUUUUGUCAAACAUCAGCUGGAUAAAAUGUUCUUUUUGUAUCCGGAUCCACAUUUUAAGAAGGCCAAACAUAAGUGGCGUAUUAUUAAUCAGGCUUUGCUGUCCGAGUAUGCAUAUGUGCUGAGAAAGGGGGGUCUGGUUUACACAAUGACUGAUGUUGAAGAUCUACACAAUUGGAUUGUCAAGCAUAUGGAAGAACAUCCAUUGUUUGAGAGAAUUUCUGCUGAGGAAGAGGCAAAUGAUCCCAUAACGCCCAAAUUGUAUCAAAGCAGUGAAGAAGGCGCUAAAGUGGUUCGCAAUAAAGGUUCACAUUUCCUGGCCAUAUUUCGUAGAUUAUAACAGGUCU